AAGCUCGAAGGCCCUUCUUCUACUUCAGUUACACUCAAGAAAGAGUCCAUUUAUUUUCUCGGAAAAAAAGGGAGAUCAUAGAAAAAAAAUUCACACUCUUUUAAGUGAAUUAAGCACGUAAGGUUUCAGAUCACUGUCACUGUCACGAAAUUUCAAUUCAUUUUAAGGAGAAGAUGGUCGUCAGCUAAAUCUUUGCUGAAUUUUUUUUCUGUAGUUUUUCUUUUUUUUGGUUGAUGAAGUUUGUGUUCGGGUUUAUGAGGUGGAGAUCUGGUGGAAUGGUACUGUAGGCGUUGAUCCGUUGUUGCACUGGCCGAACAGUGGUUGCUCGUGGUUCAUUUGUUUGGAGUUAUUUAAUAAAGGUAAAACAUGGCACAGAGCAAUUGGGAAGCUGAUAAGAUGCUUGAUGUUUAUAUUCAUGAUUAUCUGUUGAAAAGAAAAUUGAUUGCUUCCGCAAACGCAUUUAUGACUGAAGGGAAGGUUGCUACAGAUCCAGUAGCAAUUGAUGCACCAGGAGGAUUCCUGUUUGAAUGGUGGUCUGUUUUCUGGGACAUAUUCAUUGCAAGGACAAAUGAGAAGCACUCAGAGGCUGCUGCAGCUUACAUUGAGGUACAGAAAAUUAAGGCAAGGGAGCAACAACAGCUACAGAUGCAGCAGCUGCAGCUAUUGCAGCAGCGCAAUGCUCAGUUACAGCGUAGGGAUCCUAAUCAUCCUGCUCUGGGUGGUUCUAUAAAUGCUAUAAACUCUGAGGGAGUAAUGGGGCAACCCUCAGCCAGUGUGCUAGCCAUGAAAAUGUAUGAAGAGCGUAUGAAGCACCCUCACUCGAUGGAUUCGGAGACAUCCCCUACGCUUAUUGAUGCCAAUAGAAUGGCCCUACUCAAAUCAGCUGCAAAUCCACAAGGCCAGUUGGUACAAAGCAAUUCUGGGAACAUGCCAGCUGCUUUGCAGCAAAUCCAGGGUCGAACUCCUUCAACCACUGACAUCAAAAGCGAAGUUAACUUGGGUGCAACUCAGAAAAGUUUGCCUAUGGAUCCUUCAUCAAUUUAUGGACAAGCAAUUUUACAGUCGAAAUCUGGCUUGGGUGGUGCAGGACUGAGUCAAGGUAUUACGGGUCUUCCUUUGAAGGGUUGGCCUCUAACUGGAAUUGACCAAUUACGACAAAACUUGGGUGUACAAGUACAGAAGCCAAAUCUUCAUACCCAAAAUCAGUUCCUUUUGGCAUCUCAACAACAGCAAAUCUUGGCACAGGCUCAGGCACAAAGUAACCUUGGAAAUUCAACGAACUACGGAGAUAUGGAUCCUCGUAGAUUUUUGCCCAGGGGUAGUUUGAAUGCAAAAGAUGGUCAAGCUACUAGGAAUGAUGGAUCUAUCUGCUCUCCAGUGCUAUCAAGUUCACCAAAGAUAAAAAUGGCCCAGAUGCAACACUCUUCCUCCCAACAGCAUGAACAAUUGCAACAGCAGCAACUGCAACAGAAUAACAGAAAAAGGAAACAACACUCUUCUUCUGGACCUGCCAACAGCACCGGCACAGGAAACACUGUUGGCCCUUCACCUAGUUCUCCCGCAUCAACUCACACACCUGGUGAUGGAAUUAACACAGCCAGUAGUCUGCAGCAUGUUAACAGCAUACCAAAAAGCUUGAUGAUGUAUGGUCCAGAAGGAACAGGAGGCCUUCCUUCGUCUUCCAAUUUACUGGAUGACAUAGAACGAUUUGGAGAUGUUGGUUCUUUAGAAGAUAAUGUGGAAUCAUUUUUGUCACAUGAUGGGGAAAACAUGAGGGAUCUAUAUGGAACACUAAAGCAGAGUCCUGCAGGGCACCAUAAAGAGUGUUCUAAAGGUUUUACAUUUGGUGAAGUUGGUUGCAUACGGACCAGAAACAGCAAAGUUACUUGCUGUCACUUUUCUUCAGACGGGAAGCUGCUGGCUAGCGCUGGACAUGACAAAAAGGUGACACUCUGGAACAUGGAUACCCUGCAGACAGAGAGUACUCCCGAAGAGCACAAGUUAGUCAUAACAGAUGUUCGUUUUAGACCAAAUUCAUCCCAGCUGGCAACAGCUUCAGUUGACAAAUCUGUGCGAUUAUGGGAUGCAGCCAAUCCAAACUAUUGUUUACAAGCAUAUACAGGGCACAACUCACCUAUCAUGUCCCUUGACUUCCACCCUAAGAAGACGGACUUAUUUUGUUUCUGUGAUCAUGACAAUGAAAUUCACUACUGGAAUAUCAACCCAUUCUCCUGUACUCAUAAUUCCAAGGGAGGUACUGCACAAGUGAGAUUUCAACCAAGAACUGGACAACUGCUGGCAGCAGCAUCAGAUAAAAUGGUUUCCGUCUUUGAUGUCGAAACUGACAGGCAAACACACUCAUUACAGGGACACUCUGAAAUGGUAAACUACAUUUGUUGGGAUGCAAAUGGAGACUAUCUGGCAUCUGUCAGUCAGAACUUGGUGAAGAUUUGGUCGUUAGCUUCAAGUGAGUGUAUUCAGGAGCUUGGCUCUAACGGCAACCAGUUUCAUUCUUGUGUUUUUCACCCAAGUUAUUCAACUCUCUUGGCCAUUGGAGGAAUCUCGUCUUUGGAGCUGUGGAACACGGUUGAGAACAAGAGAAUGACAAUUUCGGCACACGAGAAUAUAAUCUCAGCUCUUGCGCAGUCACCCGACACUGGAAUGGUUGCAUCUGCAAGUCACGACAGCUCCGUCAAGCUAUGGAAGUAAAUUUAAGUACUAUGGUGGUAACAUCUUAUAACCUCGAUUCAGAAAUCCGGAAGGGGAAACUCAGUGGCAGAUGUUUCGAGUUCAUAUAUAUGCAGGUGUUUUCAAGUAUGGUAAAUAGUUUUAUAGACAGGGUUUCUCAAAGUAUUAAUAUCAUAUAGUAAUUAUAUCUAAGAUCCUAGUAGAAAAACUCUUUUUUCUUUGUUCCCGUCGGGUUAGGUCUUUUGUCUAAUGUAAUUUCUUAAGUUUAGUUUCUAUGGUUAAAUGAUUUGUGUGCCUGUUUUUAUGGGUGUUUUAUCUUUAUUAGGAAAAAUCUUGCAAUACCA